CAAAUAGUGAACUUUCACCCGCGUCUAUCUCUGCCCUGAGCGUUGAGAAUCUGCCACCGGAGAUUUCCCUCGUCAUGCUUUAGCAAAUCCCGACUGGAGCAAAAAAGACACCUACGACAGCUACGGUGUCCGGGAAGGGAAGCUGCAAAUAUGGCGGCGGCCGUGGCGGCUAGGAGACUCUCUAGUUUUGGAGUCUUCAGAGCAGCGUGGAGAGGCUGUACCUUGAUUCCAGGGCCUGGGAUCCAUGACCAGUAUUCUACGUUGGCAUGUGCUUUGCAGGCACAUUGCUAUAUUUCUGCACCCCAUGAUGUGACAGUGGAACAGCGCAGGCAAAGCAGCUUUUUCAAUAAACUGACAGCUGAUGAACUCUGGAAAGGAGUUUUGGCAGAGACCGGUGCAAGUGGAAGGAAAGGAAGAGGGAAGAGGACUAAAAAAAAGCUGAAAAAGGAUCUUAACAGAGGCCAGAUAAUGGGCGAAGGACGUUCAGGUUUCCUUUGGCCCGGCCUCAAUGCUCCUGUGCUAAAAGAUGGAGUGACCCAGACAAUCGGGCAGCGAGGUGCAGAAGAGCGGGAGAAGAUGCAGUCAGAAAUCAUCCGUCGGCGGGAUGAGUGGGAUAAGAAGAGAAAAGCUAGGGUGAAGAGAGAGAGGGGAUGGACUGGACGUUCCUGGGGAGGUAUCAGCCUAGGGCCUCCUGACCCAGGUCCUAAUGGAGAAACAUAUGAAGACUUCGACUCCAGGGUGAUUGAGGUGAAGCACGUAUUUAAUAUGACAGCAAAGGAAGGAAGAAAAAGAUCUGUUAGUGCCCUGGUGGCUGUGGGAAAUGGAAAAGGAGCUGCUGGCUUCGCGGUGGGAAGAGCAACUGACAGGAUGAUUGCAUUACGAAAAGCAAAGAACAAAGCAAUUCGCUUUUUACACUAUAUUGAAAGAUACGAAGACCACACAAUUUAUCAUGAUAUUGCAGUUACAUUUAAAAAAACAACCAUCCGGAUGAAAAAGAAAAACAAGGGAUAUGGACUUUGCUGUCACCGAGCUAUCAUUACUAUGUGCAAGCUGAUUGGGAUUAAAGACAUGUAUGCCAAACUUUAUGGAUCUAAUAAUCUAUUGAAUCUCACCAGAGCGCUCUUCAAGGGAUUAUCAAGACAGGAAACUCACCAGGACCUAGCCAAUAAGAAAAGACUCUAUGUGGUAGAAUUUCGUGAUGAAUGUGGGCCCCUGCCCAUUGUGGUUGCUGCACCCCAAGGGGUCCUCAGAGAAGACCCUGAGCCUGAGGAUGAAGUACCUGAUGUCAAACUGGAGUGGAAUGAAGUGAAGGCAGCCCAAGGAAUGAAGAAGUCUCCCUGGGCAAAUGUCAGAAGAACAGUGUGGUAGAAGGGACCACUCUUAAAAUGCACAAAACUUUAAGGGAUGUCUAACAUCCCUUCACAAGAUGAGUGCUGGGCAACUCUUCCAGCCAAGUAGUCCUCAUGACAAUUUGCAGGCACUGCGGAACAUGGAGCCUCAGAAUGAUGUAACCAUCUCUCUGCAUGUAAUAUACCUCUGUUGAAUGUAGGUGGCUGAUGUGCCCGGAGGCGCAGGGGAAGUUUUUUGUGUCAGAAAUGCAUCCACUCUGUUGCUCCCAUCCUGUGGGAAGAAGGAGUCUAUAGUUGGCAGCCUUUUCCAACAAGUACAACAUGGCAGAAAUAAAUAUGUCAUCAAAUGCC